AUGCAGAAGUGGUUUCUGUCUGAAUAUGUAGAACCGCUUGAAGGGCUUCACAGACUUUUGGAAGUUGACAGGGUCACUGUGAAGCAAAUAAAAAAGAACCAAAGUUCAAAGUUACAUGAUGCAGUAGUUUAUGAAGCCCUGCUAGAUACUUCUGAACUUCUUUUAAAAUUUGUUGAAAAGUCUAGCUUUGCACAAAGAUUUUGGUGCGGAUCUCACAGAGCAUUCGAUAUGGAAGUGCGAAAUGUAAACGGAAAACUUGUUAUGCAUCUCCAACGGCCAUUGAAGUGUUCAGCAGUUGUAUGUUUUUGUUGUCCUUAUGAAAUGAAAGUUGAAGCUCCAGUAGGUGAACCAAUGGGUAGUAUUGUUCAAAAUUAUGGACGAUUCGGUCAUACAUUUUACCUGAAAGAUUGGAAUGAUAAUAUAAAUUUAGAUAUAAAAGGUCCUUGGUUUUCUUAUACCUGUUGUUUUGAUCUUAUUUUUAAGAUUUAUGCACAUGGACAUAAUAGAUCAAUUGGACGGAUAAUAUGUCGUCGAGAUCAAGAAAAUGAUAGUUUUCGUGUUGACUUCCCUUUAGACUUGGAUUAUCGUAUGAAACUUUUGCUUAUUUGUGCUGCAAUAUUUUUGAAUACAAAGUAGUUUCUAACACAAUUUAUGGAAAUUCUGGCAGUACAAUGAAUUAUCAGUAAAGAAAAUACAAACAAAAAAGGAUAAUAAUAUUUAUAAUUAUUAACUAUAUGUUCUGAUUUCGUAUACUUUGGAACUAAAUGAAUUCGCCUUGAAGUGUUAACUUUCUUUUUGCAUAGUUCUUUUCACAAAAUUCUAGCUCCCUUAAUCUUUGGACUUAAAACCGCACAAGAGAUGUUAAAAACUACCAUCAUUUACCUUGAACAUCAUGGGUGAAUAGUGUGAUUUAUUCAUUGAUUUAUUAUUAUUAGGAAAAAAAGAACUUACUUACGCCUGUUACUCCUCGUGGAGGAGCACUCUCCAUCCAACCCUGUCCUGGGCAAUCCUUUCCAGUUGUUAUUCAUCCUUUUCAUAUUUAUUUCCAAUUCCCUCUACAAUGUGUUCUCUGAUCUUCUUCUUUUCCUGGAAAAAUAAAGAAACAAUUACAAAUAUUAUUCACUAUGAAUAUAAAUUAAAAUAGACUCAUUUGAGAUCAUGGAGAUUAAUACGAAAGAAAAAAGAAAUCAAUUACAUUUGUACUCAUUUAUAUUAAAUUUUUUUUCGUUGGUUUUAUUAAUCUAAUUUGAUGUUAAGAAAG